AUGUUGGCCACUUUCAUCAACGUCCAGACCAACCUAGUCUCUAUCGAAGACCUUUGCAACAACCGUAUCGCACACAACCCGCGCACCGAGGCUAGCAUCCGGAGAAGGGUAGCCCGCGAACUGGAGUUCUCUGAAACGGGGGUGGGCAUAACAUUGGAGGAUGACAAGGAGCUGAAUGGCUAUAUAUUGGUUAGGAUCAAUCGCCUUGGAAGUGAACGCGGCAAAUUCAAAAAGAAGAAGACGGGGUUCCUGGCGGUUGGUGUGAAGACAAGACAAGUUGAGGCUAAGCUGCCAAACUUCAGAAGUGACACUGGGCGACCGUAUCUGAAGCUAAGGCACCUGGGUAAGCUUCGUCGUGCCGCUGGUCAAAAUUACACCAACAUCUCCACCCACCCUCAUCCCUCUUUUCUCUGCAUCAUCGCGAAUCAUUCACUCCUAUCCGUUGGCAUCCGAUACAUCACAGCCUCACAGCCCCCAACAGGCCCGGCCCUGACCUCGGAACAGCCAGCUUCGAAGUAUUAUGAGUACCAACUACCUCAACUACCACUUACGCCGUACGAAGCGCCGAGCAGAAAGCAGGCAGCCUGUCCUACAAUCCAACAAUCUCGCAACUCGUUUCCGCUCUUGCCAACGACGAAGCAUCCUGCAGCUCUUAUCCGAUCAUGUUCUUGGCCAGCCCUGGGCUCGCCGAAAUAUAAAAAAGUCAUGGACGACGGAGUUUCGAAGUCCCCAACGAGUCGACAUCUCGCCCGACACGAACCCUCCGAGAAAAGACGACGCGACACCGCUCCUGAGACCCAUCCGUUGCCUGCCGCGAAACGAGCACGACUAGAGAAUACAGAGGCACUACAGCCUGGAGUCGACGACGAGGAAUCGGAGCAGGCGCCCAAUCAGGCGAUCCUGCAGCAACCAAAGCCCCGGCCCCCCAGACGUCCCUACGCCGCCUCGUUUCUCAAACAUUGCGUCGAUCCGGUCGACCUCAGUCCUCCCCCCGACAGCCUCAACACGUUCGUCUCUCAGUGGCUGGAGUCUGUCGGAUCAGACGGAGAGAAACGCUGCCGGUCGGACAGUUAUCUUGACGUCUCGUACGACCACAACCCCGUUUCAAGACAACUCACAAGAUCCGCGCCGGAGAUGGCUUACAAUCGGGAUGUCGACGGGUUUACGGUGCCGCCCACACCUGUUUCUACCGGGUCCCGCUCGCGCCGACACAAUGCAGAUGCCGGAUCCGCCGUGUCGUCGGACCUUACUCGCGCCACUUCCAAUUCCUCUCGAUCGUCUUCAAAGAGUCUCGUUGAAGGCGGGUCGUAUCGAGAUGAUAACUUGGUUGCCAAUGGCAUUUACUUGCGCGCUGUGCACGACCCGAUUCCGGAACACGUUGCCGACCUUGUGGAUCAUGUCGGACGAGACCGAGAUUCUCCAGGACCGUCGCUGGAUGAGAUUAGAGGGGACCCAGAACUAUAUGCUCUCGCUGCGGGCGCCGCAGAGACCGAUACACUGCGUACCAGCUCAGACGGCCACCGCACCGGGACCAACCCCAGGGUCAGAAAUCCAGUGCCAGAUAUGCUUUAUGGAUAUAACCGUCCUAGAGCAUUUCCCGACCAGGCAGCACAGCUUAUCUCCAUGGGGGAAACAAAUGGGGUAGCGAACAGUCAGGGCCUGAUGUACCCCUUCUUCGUUAUCGAAUUCAAGGGAGAUGGUCCAAGCGGAGCUGGGAGUUUGUGGGUGGCGACGAAUCAAUGCCUUGGUGGAUCGGCAUCCUGCGUCAAAGUCGCCGAACGGCUUAAUCAGCAUCUAAGGGAUUGUAAGAGCGACAAGAUCCGGCCCGUGAACUCGGCGGCGUUCAGCGUGGCGAUGACCGCUUCGGAAGCACGGCUCCACAUCUCCUGGAAGCACGACGAGCUUAGUUACUACAUGGCCAAUGUCAAGAGCUUUUUGCUUCAGGACCCCGAGCAUUACUUGAGGUUCCGCAAGUACGUGCGGAACAUCAUCGACUGGGGGCAGGACAAGCGGCUGAACGAGAUUCGGGAGUCGUUGAACACCCUCCUGGAGGAGGGCAGGAAGAAGGCCUUCGAGGCGGCGAAGUCUCGACAACCGCCCUCUGAGGGUUCCGCGACCAACGAGAGCAAAAAGCAUAAAUCCUCCUCGUCGCACAGGGACAGUAGCAGGUCCGACAGUGGUCAGGGCCAGGGCCGGGUCGAAGAAGAUUGAAGGGGCAGACAACCGGCUAGAUAGGCAUAUGAUAUAUUAGUUAAAUUCCUUAAUAGUAAUAUUAAGUAACGACAACGAUGAGGACGAUGACGACAAGGACAACAACAAUGAAAACAACAGCGUGACUCACGAAUCUCUCCUAGACUACCGGUGUCUCGGUGUCCUCUGCCACC